AUGAAAAUGAUAAUCACUAUUUUGGAUUUGUUGAAGAAUAUCUCUCCAUUGAAAGAGUCAACUGAGGAGGGAGACAAUUUACUCUUAGAAAUUAUUACACAAUGUAUCAAUAAAAUAGUAGCCAACGGUGAUCAAAAUAAACAAACACACGAACAAUUCUAUCCACCAAAUAGAAAGCUACCAUCGAUCACCGUUCGUGACUACCUCCAAAGACUUUUCAAAUACUCGCCAUGCUCCAAGGAGUGUUUCAUUGCCUCGCUGUACUAUAUCGAUAAGUUGUCUGUCGAGUGUGGACUCUCGAUCAACUCGUACAACAUUCACCGUAUACUCAUCACAACUCUGGUCAUCUCCACCAAUUUGGUGCUGUCUGUCCCGAUGCCAUCUUUGAGGAGUAUCGCUUCCAGAUCGAACAAUCAAAGCUCAGAUUUCUACAGAAACGUCCUUUGA